AUGUCCUUCCCACACUUUGGACACCCAUACGGCGGCGCUUCCCAGUUUCUGGUGUCUGCAAGUUCCAACACUACUUGCUGUGAAUCUGCCCCUCGCUCUGUCUCAGAUGUGGCCUCAGGCUCCACCCCAGCGUCUGCUCUUUGCUGUGCACCUUAUGACAGUCGGCUGCUGGGCAGUGCACACCCUGAGCUAGGUGCUGCUUUGAGCAUCUACGGAGCCCCCUAUGCAGCUGCGGCAGCUGCCCAGAGCUACCCUGGCUACCUGCCCUAUGGCCCGGAGCCACCAUCACUGUAUGGGGCCCUGAAUCCGCAGUAUGAAUUUAAGGAGGCAGCAGGGAGUUUUACAUCCAGCCUGGCCCAACCAGGAGCCUAUUAUCCCUACGAGCCAACUCUGGGGCAGUACCAAUAUGACCGGUAUGGUGGGAUGGAGUUGAGUGGUGCAGGACGCAGAAAGAACGCCACUAGGGAGACCACCAGCACGCUCAAGGCCUGGCUCAACGAGCACCGCAAGAACCCCUACCCCACCAAGGGCGAGAAGAUCAUGCUGGCCAUCAUCACCAAGAUGACGCUCACCCAGGUGUCCACCUGGUUUGCCAACGCACGCCGGCGCCUGAAGAAGGAGAACAAGAUGACGUGGGCGCCCAAAAACAAAGGUGGGGAGGAGAGGAAGUCAGAGGACAGAGAAGAGGACUCCAUGGGCUGCCUAAAUGGUGACACCAGAGACGAUACUGUUAGUCGCGAGGCCCAGGGACUUCGCCUGAGUGACUUGGAAGACCUGGAGGAAGAGGACGAAGAGGAGGAAGUCGAGGAAGAGGAGGCAGCGACACAGGACCCGCUGACGGAGUUCCAUAAGGGCGCGCAGUCAGUGCGCGCGCCAUGCGCCCCUGCUGUAGAUGGCCGGUUGGAAAGCAGGGAGUGCGGCCUGUCAAAGCCCCGCUUCUCUUUCACUGAACCCCUGGGGUCAGGAGAAGCUGAUUUCAUUGCGACAGAGUCGGGGGGCCCCAUGAUCUUGCACUACCCAUUCGGCGAGAAACCACGCAUCUGGUCUUUGGCGCACACUGCGGCAGCCAGGGCGGUCGAAAGUGCACCCUCAACCCGGCCCAGGGCACGAAGUCCUGAGUGCCAUAUAAUUUCCGGACUGCCUCCAGACCCUGCCAGGCGAACUGUAGUCCCCAGAGACUCCCCGUGCGAAGAGUCUCCCCGAGUAGUCAAAGCCUUCGGAAACUCCACGGUUGCGCUGCAGGGGCUGCCAGUGAACUGUGCGCCGUGCGCCAGACGGAGGGAGCCCGAAGUGCAGUGCCAGUACCCUUCUGGGGCAGAAGGUAGUGGGCCCCCAACGGCAACAGCUGGUCCCAUCCCCAGCCUCCCCCAGGACACUCCAGUCGCCCUCACUGACCUGAGGCUUAGGGUCCGGAAAAUUAAACUGCGAAAAGAUAAACAUUAUUUCCAGUCGGCUUUGCGGGAUUAA